AUGUCAUUUACAAUGGGAAGUGACACUUUCAUUGUAACUGCUAAAUUAUUUGUGGAAAAUCGAUCACGUCUAGUGGAAAUGCUGAAAAAGAAAGUUCAUCCUGGAAGUAUUGUACUGCUAAAAGGUGGCAUGGAACAGAAUCGUUACAAUACAGAUGCUAUGGAUCUUCCAUUUCGACAAGAAUCGUAUUUCUUUUGGACUUUUGGAGUUCAUGAAAGUAAUUGUUUUGGUGCUAUAGAUGUUGAUUCCGGACGAUCAUUUCUUUUUCCGCCACGGUUGCAUCCGGAUUUCUCCAUCUGGCUUGGAAGUAUCAACAAUGAGGAAUGGUACCAGAAGAAGUAUCAGGUUGAUGAAGUACACUUCAACGAUAAAAAUACCAUCAUUGAAACAUUAACGAAUUUACAUGCAAAGCAAUUGCUGUUGCUGAAAGCUAAUAAUUCAGAUAGCAAUGAAAUAUUGGAACCACCAAUUAUUAAUGGACUAAACAAUUUACCUUGUGACACAUCGAUACUGUAUCAGAUUAUGGCUGAACUUCGUGUUUUCAAGACCGAUCAUGAACUUAAUGUUAUGCGUUACGUUUGCAAGGUAGCAUCAGAAGCACAUAAAGCAGUAAUGAAAGCAGUGAAACCUGGAAUGUAUGAAUAUCAAUUGGAAAGCUUAUUUCGGCAUCAUUGUUAUUAUCACGGAGGAUGUCGACAUUUGGCCUACACUUGCAUCGCUUCAUCUGGAUGCAAUAGUGCAAUCCUACAUUAUGGCCAUGAAAAUGCGCCAAAUUCCAAAGAAAUUACCGAUGGUGACCUGUGCUUGUUCGACAUGGGUCCCGAGUAUAACUGUUAUGCAUCAGAUAUUACGACAACAUUCCCGUGUAAUGGUAAAUUUACGGAAAAACAAAAAGUUAUUUAUAACGCUGUCUUGGCUGCAAAUACAGAGGUAUUUAAAGCUGCUAAACCAGGAUUACGAUGGAAUGAAAUGCAUAUGUUAGCGGAACGGAUCAUACUGUCGCAUUUGAAGGAUGCUGGAAUACUGAAGGGUGAUUUGGAAGAAAUGAUGAAAGCACGAAUGGGUGCGGUAUUCAUGCCUCAUGGAUUAGGGCACCUUAUGGGACUUGAUGUGCAUGAUUGCGGUGGUUAUCUUGGAGAUGCUGAACUUCGAUCAACACUUCCAGGCCUUAAGGCUUUACGUACAACGCGCACCUUGCGUGAAAGAAUGGUGAUAACCAUCGAACCAGGAUGUUAUUUUAUCGAUACGCUGCUUGACGCUGCACUUAAUGAUCCACUACAAAACAAAUUCAUUGUCAAAGAAAAGCUAAACGAAUUCAGAGGUUUUGGUGGG